CUGCGCGGCGCGGGCCGGGCCAGGGGCAUGGCCGGGGAGGCAGCGGGUCCGCCGCUGAAAGUGCUGGCGGCCCAGCUGCGGGGCGCCGUGCGGGGCGCCGGCGGGACGUGGACGCUGGGCCGGGCGGAGGCGGGCCGGGAGCCGCUACACCUGCGGGCGGCGUGGAUGCAGGGCAUUGUGCUGGAGGUGGCGCGGGGCGGCGCCGCCGGCGGCUCGGCCCGGCUGAGGGACGCCAGCGGCGCCUUCACCGUGCUGGGGGUGGAGGCGGUGCCCCAGGGGCGGCCGUGCCUCAGCGCAGGGAAGUACGUGAUGGUGAUGGGCGUGGUGCGGUCCUGCAGUCCCGAGCCUGUGCUGCGAGCAAUAAAGAUGACGGAUCUUUCUGAAAAUCCGGUGCAUGAGAAUAUGUGGAGCCUCGAAGUGGAGGAUUUGCACAGAGUCAUCCCUUAGAUACUUCUUGUGCCUAAAGACCUGGAAAAAUAAGAACAUGUAUUGGUGCACUGCACUGGGCCAUUCUGGGCAUUUGUGAUUUCAAACAACACCCUCGGAGAAUAACAAGACUCAGGCUUUUUUUUGGUGGGCGCUUGAAUUUUUUUUGGUUCAGAUUUAAGCUGAGGGAAAUGUGCAUAUGUGAUAGUAAUCAUGGUGCUCAUUUCUUUCACAAUCUUGUACCAACAGAUUAAACCACAUUAAUCUGGGAAACACUUGACACUCUUGCCAGUGUUGUUAUGAAUGUUGUAUGACAUGUUUCUGCCUGUGUUAGCCGUUGUUUCUAGGAGCACGUGCCUAGUCAGGCAUUCCCAGAGUGAUGAAUUCGCAGCAGCAAGAUCUGCAUACAACUCAUGUUACCAGGGUGAGUUUGAUAUGUGGAAUGAAGGCAGAAGGUUUUUUAGUCCAUUUAGAUGUGGCUGGAAAUAGCAUCUUGGUCUGUUUUCUCUUUCAGUAAUAACCACGUCAGUAAACUUGUAAGAGAGAUGUCUCUUUCUAACUGUAAGCAUAAUCUUGUACUUAAAUACCUCUCUGGUUUCUGUAUUUCUGAAAUAAUGAAAGUGGUACAGUAAUAACCCAUGUGUUCCAAUGAAGUGAAAUUAACUGAAAAGAUGUGAUGCAGAAUUCCUUGGAAUAGGUUCUCCAGGUUCAAGAUGCAAAUACUUUCACCACCU